AUAUGUUCACCCGCCUGUAAAUCAAAAGAAUAAAUUACUCGCUAUUACACGAUUCGCCUCCAGUCUGGGAGAUGUACUUUUAUCACUUAUUUAUUUAAAAACUUGCAAACGAACUACGAACAUAAUUUAGUUCAUUUACUUAGAAUGCGUAAUGCAAUAAUUACAAUAAUUCAGGCGGAAAAAGAGAUGGAUACUUGUAUUUUGUCGACGAGAAAUUGCGUUGUCAAAGAGACAAGGUUGAAAAAGAACUGACGCGUAGCGUUGUUCACCUUUUUUUUCGUUACUUUACAAUAUCUCCGUUACUUCACGAUCGGAAUAAACGUUAUCAGACUGUUUAAUGGGAUCAUAUACGACGUCCAUACGAAUAAUAUUCUGUCUCUACUUAUCAUUAUACUACGCGAGGUAUAAUAACGAUUAAUCCAUAUUCACCGGGAGUGGGGACGUAUCGCGUGGGGGUGCACUUGGGGAAAACGGUCGGUGCACUUUCAGUUUCUUCUUAAAACCAGCGCACCGAAUGUGCCGAUACUAAUCUGUAUUUUCUUACGUACCGAAAACUAUUGGCGAAUGAAAAUUACGAGUUCUGUCAGCCCGGCGCUGAAAAUAUGUCUUAAAUUUUUUGGCGUGUGGCCGGAUGUAUCGUAUUCUACUGCCUGUUGGUUGAGUUUUAUGUUAAGCAUGUUAAUCGUACAGUACUUCCAGUAUCUGUAUGUAUUCAAGCAUUGUAAUGUCAGCGAACUCUUGAAUUUUAUUGACGGUCUGACAGCAUCUUUAUACUAUAGUUUGACAUUUUUAAAAUUGGCUAGUUUGUGGAUACAUCGUCGAGUUUUUCAUCAAAUCCUGACUGCUAUGGAUAAUGAUUGGCGCGAGUGCAUCAAUAUCGAUCAGCAUUUGCAUAUAAUGACAAUUAAAGCUAAUGUAUCGUAUAUCUUUUGUAACGCUAUGUUGAGCUUCACCGCGAUCGCUACAGUAAUUUAUUUCUUAGGCGAAUAUGUAACUCGUUUUAUAUUUUUAACUGAAGAUUACAAUGACACUUUACGACGGUUUCCCGUAAGAACAGAAUUUCCUCACGAAACUCUACAAUCGCCGAUGUUUGAAUUUCUUUUUGUGAUAUUAUUGUUACACGCAAUGUUACAUGGAGGCGCGGCCGGUACUGUAGACGGAUUGAUCUUUACUUUGGUGUUUCAUGUGAGCGGACAAAUCGAUAUAAUAUGUAAAGAAUUCAGAAAUAUCUCUGAGAAUAUUAUUCUUCACAAAUCUUCCGUAUAUGAAUUAGGAAUGCUGAUCGAAAGACACAACAGAAUUCUUUCAUUUUCCGAAAAUAUUGAGAAACUCUUCUCUUUUAUCGCAUUAAUGCAGAUUGUUUGGAAUACGCUAGUUAUUUGCAGCUUAGGAUUUGUCUUCAUAAUUUCUACUCAUACUGACGAAGUUGGUGUUUUCGCGUUAGUAAAAAACUUGUUUUCUUCUCUUGGUACAAUAAUAGAACUCUUUAUUAUUUGUUUUGUCGGAGAAUAUCUUAGCUACAAGGGUAAAUCAAUUACCAAUGCAUCAUAUGAAUCGCUGUGGUAUAAUAUGCCGUUAAAUCAUAGUAAAGUUAUAAUAUUCAUAAUAAUGAGAUCUCAGAAGCGAUUGGCGAUCACGGCAGGAAAAAUGAUGGAUAUGUCAUUCGAAGCUUUUACGAGUGUAAUCUUUCAAACUAUUUGUAUACAGGAAAACAAAUUUAUUUCAUACUUAUUAUUUAAUUUUAUACUUAAUACAUUAUUUUAUAAAAUUUAUAAUUAAUUUUGAAAUCUAUUGUGACAUGUGUUCUUUGUGCAUGAAUGUAGUAUGUUGAGAAAAUUUAAUUAUUAAUAUUAUUUUUUUAGAUUGUGAAGGCAUCAGCGUCAUAUGUAUCUGUCUUGAAUGCUAUGUAUUAAUACAGAAGGAUUG